AUGGCAGGUCCUCUGGUACGUAAAGGCGCUGUACUGCUGGGAGUGGUGUGUGGAGCUGUGGCUGAUGUAAGCUAUGCUUCCCGCGGUGGAAGCUUUGGAGGUGGAGCUGUUGGAGGCGCCAUCUCCGGAGGACCAGGAGGUUUCGUUGGAGGAGGCAACUUAAUCGGAGGAGGAGGAUUAGGUGUUGGAGGAGGUAGCUUCAUCGGAGGAGGCGGAGGCCAUGGCGGCUUCGGCGGAGGCAGAGUUGACGCAGGUCACCUCGUUGGACACGGUGUAUUCCCUUCAGGCGGCGCUGGAGGUUUUAUUGGAGGUGGCAGCGCAGUAGGAGGCUCUUUCGGAGGCCCCAGUGUGGGUGGUUCCUUCGGAGGCCCCAGUGUGGGUGGUUCUUUCGGAGGCCCUGUUGUCGGAAUAUCUUCCGGACGCGUUAGUGGCAGAUACGGCCGAUAA